AUGUCUUCAAAAGAAUCUCGUAAAAGGUCGAACAGAAGAUCCCAUAAAAAACCCAAAUGUUCUACAAGUACAUCAAGUAUCACGGAUGAAGGAUCAAAUGGAAGUUCUUCAACUGAUGAUUAUAAGCAUUACAGAUUUCGAAAGGGCGAAUACAUUAAAGAUUAUAAAGUAAGAAGACAUAUUUCUGAUGGAACUUUUGGAAGAGUCUUGAAAGUGAGAAGAAAAAGUUCAAAAUCCUAUGCAAUGAAAAUAGUGAGAAGUAAUCAUGCAGAAAGUGCUUAGUAAGAGGCAGACAUACUAUUUUAUUUGAAAAAAAAAGAUUUAAAUAGAUACUUUGUUGAAAUAAUUGAUAGUUUUUAUCAUAGAGGAUAUUAUUGUAUGGUCUUUGAAAGACUUGGACCAAGUUUAUAUGAUAUGCUAAGAAUGAAUUAAGAUCGUGGAAUCCCAAUGAAUUUGGUUAGAUGCAUAAGCAGAUAAUUAUUAAAAUGCAUAGGGUAUUUGCAUGAUAUAAGAUUGACUCACACAGACUUAAAACCAGAGAAUAUUCUUUUUAGUAGGAUACGUGAAUUAAAAAAAGGGCAAAAUGAUUUGUAUUUACCAGCAGAUCACAAGAUCAAGAUUAUUGACCUCGGUGGAGCGGAGUUCGAUGAUGAAGACCAUAAUUGUAUAAUUAAUACACGUCAAUAUAGAGCUCCUGAGGUUCAGUUGUAGUGUUGUAAAUGGGAUUACAAAAGUGAUGUUUGGGGAAUAGCUUGCAUUAUCUUUGAACUAUACACAGGUCAUUUACUAUUUUAAACGAGAAAAAAUGAAUACGAACAUAUGGCUUUGGUGGAGAAGAUAACAGAAUAGAACUUUCCUUAUUGGAUGGCAAGUAAUGUGAAAGGUAGUCUAAAGUAUUGUUUCAACACAAAGAAUGUCACCAAUGGAAAGUACUAUUAAUGGCCGUAAGGAACGACUACAAAGGAUAGCAUACUCAAGGUCCAGAAUCAAAAAACUCUAAGAGAAAUGAUUCUUGAUCCAUUACUAAGAGAUUUGUUAUAAAAGAUGCUAGAAAUAGAUCCUAAUAAAAGAAUUAGUUGCUUCCAAGCAUUAGAUCACAAAUUCUUUUGUAAUUGA